CGCAAAUCCGCCUUCAAACCGACUCCAUCGUGUAUUCUGACUUGGUGACUUCGAAAGAAAAGGACAAAUAUAACGCUCUCGGUUGUAUUUUGCUUACGCUGGACCCAUACCCAUCCAUUGAAUUUAUACUGUAUUCUACCUCCAAACGCCAACACUGAAUAAUCCGUUGGACGAAUAAUAAGACAGUAUGCCGUACGAAUCACAGAUCUCGUUCACGUUGGAUACGAUAUGUCCAUGGACGUAUCUGGCUAAGAAAAGACUUGAUGAAGCGCUCCGAAGAUUCCGUGAAUCGGAUCAAGCCAAAGACGUGACUUUCACAGUCAAAUACUUCCCGUACCAGUUAUAUCCGGGAGCCACCAAGGAAGGCGAAGAUAAAUAUGAAUGGUACAAGAAAUCACGAUAUGGAAACUCGGAAGAUAAGAUGAAAAUGUACAUGGCCCUCAUGACCGCGUACGGCAAAACCGCCGGGAUAUCAUUCAAAUUCCACGGCACUGUCGGCAACACCCUCGACGCCCACCGAGUAAUCCAACAUUUUCAAGAAACACGCGGUCCCGAAACAGCAGACAAGAUGAUUUCAUCACUAUACUCACAAUUCUUCGAGAAUGAGCAACAUCCAUCCACGGACGAGACACUUCUCAAAGCUGCGGCUGACGCGGGAAUUCCAGAGAAUGAAGCUAGAUAUAUUAUUGUGGAGCAGCGUGACGAGGGAAUGAGUACGGUUCGUGAUCUGAUUCGUGAGCAGAAUAUGAAUGCGGUGGAUUCGGUGCCCACGGUUAUCUUCGAGGGUAAGAGGAGGGAUAUUACGCUGGUGGGUGCGAAGGAGGUGGAGGAGUAUGAGAAGGCUUUGAUGAGUAUUGUUAAGGAGAGUAAGUAGGUAGACUUGAUUAGAUGGGUGUCCUGGAGACGGAGUGCAUGGAAG